AUGGGGAAACAAAAAGGAGAAGGUGCUAGAAGCAAAGCACGCCCUUCAAGCAGCAGUCUCGCCGCAUCGCUCUUAUCCUCCGCUCCUUCUUCCGCCGCGGCUGUAUCCGUUGGGUUCGGUGGUUUUGUUGGCAGUUCGCGGCUCGAUCCUUCUCCUUCAACUGAAGAUUCUCUCCCUUUUGCAGAUGUUGAUAGUGAAAUUGCGGUGCAUUUGAAGAGGCUAGGCAGGAAAGAUUCCACCACUAAGCUUAAGGCAUUGUCAGCUUUAUCUUCGCUGCUUCAGCAAAGGUCAUCAAAAGAAAUUGUUCCAAUUAUUCCCCAAUGGGCGUUUGAAUAUAAAAAGCUGUUGCUGGACUAUAAUAGGGAUGUUAGGCGGGCUACUCAUGAUACCAUGACCACACUUGUUACUUCUGUUGGGAGAGAUUUAGCUCCGCAUUUGAAGACUUUGAUGGGACCAUGGUGGUUUGCACAAUUUGAUCCAGCUUAUGAAGUUUCUCGGGCAGCAAAAAGGUCUUUGCAGGCUAUCUUUCCAGCACAGGAAAAAAGACUUGAUGCUUUGAUUUUAUGCACAGCAGAGAUAUUCAUGUAUUUAGAAGAAAACCUAAAGCUCACACCACAAAGUUUGUCUGACAAAGCUGUUGCCGUGGAUGAGUUGGAAGAGAUGUACCAACAGGUGAUAUCAUCAACGUUAUUGGCAUUGGCCUCUCUUUUUGACGUUUUAAUUUUCCCACAACAAGAGCAACCUGCUUCGGAGAAUAUCACUACUGAACCUAAACAUGCUUCAAAGGCCAGGGUGGCUGCUAUUUCUUUUGGUGAAAAGCUGUUAGCAGAUCAUAAGCACUUCCUAGAUUUCUUGAAGUCUAAAAGACCUACUAUCCGAUCUGCUACCUAUACUGUAUUGAAGAGCUUCAUGAAAAAUAUGCCACAUGCCAUUACCGAAGGGAAUAUAAAAAGUCUUGCGGGAGCAAUUCUCGGUGCUUUCAGUGAGAAGGAUCCAACAUGUCAUGCCUCAAUGUGGGAUGUCUCAUACCCAGCUUUGGUUUUAUUUUUAGACAACAUGCCUCCUAAAGCUGUUGUGGGGGAUAAGUUUUUUCUUGAAUUUUUCAAAAGCUUGUGGGCGGGAAGGAAAACUUCUCUAUCAGCAGAUAGGCUAGCAUUUUUCCAGGCAUUCAAGGAGUGUUUUCUUUGGUCCUUGAAAAAUGCUUCAAGAUAUAAUGACGGAGAGGAUUCUAUCAGUCAUUUCCGAGCCACUCUCGUUGAUAAUAUCCUAGCAAAGCUUAUAUGGAGGGAUUUUCUUACGACCGGAAGCUCCAAAAGUUAUGAUAUAAUCAGCACAGGAAAAGAAUCUGAAUCAUCUGAGAAAAACAUUUCUCAUAGCAAGAAAGUGGAUAUGCUUAGUAAGAAAUAUCCAAUGCCUUAUUUGCAAGCAUUGGGAAAGUGCAUUGUUGAAAUCCUUUUAGGCAUUCAUAUAUUAGAUAUCAAUCUUCUAUCUGUUUUUACUGUGGAACUUGAAAAUAAUUGCAUGAGCGUUCUUCAGCAAGCAGGCAACGUGGAGAUGGUUGAACAAAUCAUUUUGUUCAUGUUAUUGCUGGAGCAACAUGCAGUUAUGGAAGGUGCAACUUGGCCCUUGGUUUAUAUUGUUGGACCGAUGGCGAAAUCUUUCUCAAUCAUUAGGUCUUCUGAUUCACCAGAUACUGUGAAACUUCUAUCUGUCGCUGUUUCAAUAUUUGGACCACAGAAAAUAGUCCAAGAAGUUUUUAAUCAGAAAAGAGGGCACUGUGGUGGGGAUGAAUCAUCAAAAGCUGAAGAAUUUCUGCAAAUCUUCAAGAAUACUUUUGUCCCUUGGUGUCUGCAGCCAAAUAGUUGCUCAACUAAUGCUCGUUUUGAUUUGUUGUUGACCUUGCUUGAUGACGAGUAUUUCAAAGAACAAUGGUCUAUCAUUGUCAAUUAUGUGAUUAGCCAAAGUUAUUCUGGAUCCCCGGCAGGUUUGAUAAACUCUGACCAAGCAACAAUGUUGGCCACACUCCUGGAAAAAGCAAGGGAUGAGAGUAUGAAGAGGAAGGCAAGAGAUGGUUCCAGUUAUAGACCAGGCACUAAUCCUGAAGAUUGGUAUCAUGAAUGUCUGGAAUCAUAUGCUACUGCUGCUUCUCGUUCUUUGCCUCCAUAUAGCGCAUCUCAUGUGCAGUUUAUGUGCUCUCUUCUCGGUGGUUCAUCAGAAGGAAAAUCUAUGCCUUUUCUGUCAAGGAGUGCAUUGAUCCUCAUCUAUGAGGAGAUUCUAAGGAGGUUAGUUAGUUUUAUACAGGGUUCGUCUUUUCCUUGGGCACAAGAUGCAGCUUCUAUGUUAAGCAAUGAUGCAGAAAUCUGUGUAGAACAUGAUAGCUCUUUUAACAUUGUUGAGAAGGCGAAGAUCUCUCUUGAUAUACUUGAUGGUAGUUUCUUUUGCCUGAACACACUGGAUGGGGAAGGUGAAAUUGUAUCAGGAAUUUUAUCAGCAAUCUUUGUCAUUGAGUGGGAGUGCAAUUUAAGUGAAGCUUUGGACUAUUCACUUGAUGAGAAAUCAAUGAGCAGAGUCAAAGCCAGACAAUCAUUUGGAGAAUAUGUGCGUGCUUUCCAUAACAAGAUAAAUGUGCACUUUCUAAAAAGCUUAUGCAUAGAUACCCGCAGGAGGCUGUUGAAUAUCUUAGUUCAGUCAGUCAAGUCUGCAAUAUUUGUUGAAGAUAAACACGUUAAUGACAAAAUCACAUCAUUAUGCUUUACAUGGGUGCUUGAAAUUCUUGAACGUGUCUGUGUGGAUGAAAAUGAUAAACAGAAUCUUCUACAUCAGUUGCUGAGCAGAGAUGAAAGAUGGCCUGUGUUUGUAGUGCAAAAUUUCAGCUCAACAAAGGCUCCAGGACACCAGAAAUUUGUAGCACUAAUUGACAAGUUAAUCCAAAAAAUAGGAAUAGAUAGAGUUAUUGCUGGUUGUGCAAUGCCUAAUUUGUCUAUGUUUGAAAGAAGUCAAGGGAUUGCAUCAUCUGCAUGGCUAGCUGCUGAAAUACUGUGCACAUGGAGAUGGCCAGGAAACAGUGCUAUGUCUUCUUUCUUACCUUCACUGAGUGCAUAUGCCAAAAGAAGUGAUUCUCCUCAGGAAAGCCUGUUAGAUAACAUAUUGAACAUCUUGCUCGACAGAUCUCUUAUUUAUGGAGGUGAUAGUACAAAGAGUUCUGUGAGUAUGUGGCCAGUUCCAGCUGAUGAAAUGGAAGGAAUUGAAGAACCAUUCUUAAGAGCGCUUGUUUCCUUUCUGUCUACUUUGUUCAAAGAGAACAUAUGGGGGACUAAGAAGGCAUCAUAUCUUAUUGAACUUCUCGUGAAUAAACUAUUUCUUGGUGAAGAAGUAAAUACAAUUUGUCUUAAGAUUCUUCCUUUGCUUAUCAGUGUACUUCUAGAACCAUUUUAUGGAUAUGUGGAGCCCGGUAAAGGUGUUGAACCCUGUUCUUUAGAAGAAAGAUUUGUGCAAAACACCAUGAUAGAUUGGCUUGAGAGGGCUCUAAAGCUUCCCCCUUUGGUCACAUGGACAGCAGGACAAGAUAUGGAAGGUUGGCUUCGGUUGGUAAUUGCCUGUUAUCCUUUCAGCGCAAUGGGUGGUCCUCAAGCAUUAAAGCCAGCGAGAAGUAUCAGCCCUGAUGAGAGAAAACUUUUAUAUAAAUUAUUCCUGAAGCAGAGGCUUGUUGCUGGAGUAUCUGCAAUGACCAACCAGCUUCCAGUUGUGCAGAUGCUGCUAUCAAAACUUAUGGCUGUUUCAGUAGGUUAUUGCUGGAAUGAUUUUAAUGAAGAAGAUUGGGAGUUUCUGUUGUCUAACCUAAGGUGUUGGAUUCAAUCAGUAGUUGUUAUGAUGGAGGAUGUAACCGAAAAUGUAAAUGGUUUAGUUGAUAAUUCAUCUGAUAGUUUGGAUGAAAUGUGUAAAAAAAUUGAGAAAAUUAUUUUGAUUUCGGAUCCUUUUCCCAUAAAGAUUUCUGAAAUUGCCCUUUUAUCCUUUUCACUUUUCCUUAAGCAUUGUAAACAUCAACAAACUGAAGACACGGAUAAUUCAAAUACAAUGAAAACAGAAAAGUUGGACUCUGCUAAAGAUCGGAUUGUAGAAGGUAUACUACGAUUACUAUUUUGUACUGGCAUAUCUGAAGCUAUUGCAAAUGCAUACUUCAAAGAAGCUGCAUCAGUUAUUGCGUCGUCACGGGUUACAUAUGCAUCUUUUUGGGAAUUUGUAGCUUGUGCUGUCCUUGAUUCCUCUUCACAGGCUAGAGAUAGAUCAGUGAAAUCAGUUGCAUUUUGGGGACUAAGCAAAGGGUCUAUUAGCUCAUUGUAUGCUAUACUUUUUACUUCGAAGCCAAUUCCUUUGUUGCAGUUUGCUGCAUAUUUUGUUCUUUCAAAUGAACCUGUUUUAAGCACGGCUGUCGUUGAAGAUAGUGCUUGCAACUCAGUCAUAAAUGCUACCAGUGACCAGGAUUCCAACCGUUUUGACACGUCAAUAGAAGAAAAGGUCCGUUUAAAAGAAGAAAUAUCUUACAGGGUCGAAAGGGCACCUUAUGAGGUUCUUGAAAUGGACUUACUUGCGCAUCAACGUGUAAAUCUCUUCCUGGCUUGGUCUUUGUUGAUAUCACAUCUAUGGUCGUUGCCUUCAUCAUCAUCUGAUAGGGAGAGACUGAUACAGUACAUUCAAGAUUCUGCUACUCCAGUUAUUUUAGAUUGCCUUUUUCAGCAUAUUCCUGUACAGAUUUCCUCGAUUCAAAAUCUGAAGAAGAAAGAUGCAGAGAUUUCUGGUGCCUUAUCAAAACCGGCAAGUGCUGCAACCAAAGCCACCAUCACUGGUUCACUCUUGUUCUCUGUGGAAUCUCUUUGGCCUAUUGAGUCGGAGAAAAUUUCAUCACUUGCUGGAGCAAUCUAUGGCUUCAUGCUUCAUGUUCUUCCUGCUUAUGUCCGUGGCUGGUUUAAUGAUUUGCGUGAUCGUAACACAUCAACUGCCAUUGAAUCCUUUACAAGGACUUGCUGCAGCCCUCCCCUUAUUGCAAACGAAUUAACCCAGAUCAACAACCAACACUCCCCUCAAGUUGGUUCUUUUCUUCCAUUUGUUGUCUUGGUAACCUCAAGAGUGGUUGCUUGCUGGUCCAAUUCAGGUUCCAGUAGGUUAGAUUUUGGGACAGAUUCUUGCUGGACAGAUUCUGGUACAUUUUCUGGAAUGGUUUCUGGGACAGAUUGCGGGACAGAUUCUGGAACGGUUUCUGGGAUUGCGGGACAGAUUCUGGGACAUAUUUUGGUAUAG